AUGCUGUUCGACGAUGAGUGGGUAAAAGCGGAACCAAUUGUGAACGCCCUUCUUCAUCAAAAAACGGUAACUCCAGCGGAAUGGCAAGAUCUCUUCUUCUAUGUCUACAAAAUCACAUCAUGGGUUGAUGAAGGCCCGAAAAAAAUACGAGACAUUUUAACUCGAGAUAUAAACGCCUAUGUUCUUGAAGCAAGUGAAAGAAUCAAAACAUUGCAAUCAGGCGAGAGUCUUCUCAAUGCGUACAUAAGUGAAUGGAAUCGAUUCUACCGACAAUCUAGUAUUUUGCCACUUCCUUUCAAAAAGCUGGAUGAUAGCUCCAAACCGCGAGCCAAUGUGCCCGAACAAGGUCAAGACACUAUCCGAGCAGUGAUGCUCGAAAAAUGGAACGAUAUCAUAUUCACAAAAAUAUGUGAUCAACUGCUUGCGGAAGCUCUUCGACUGAUCAAAGAAGAACGAGAUGGAAACAUUAUUAAUUCGGAGAAUGUGAUCGGAAUUCGUGAAAGCUUCGUUACCCUGAACGAAAAGUUCCCAGAGCCGUCUCUGACUAUCUACCAAAAAUCGUUUGAGAAGCAGUUUGUUGAACAAACAUCAAUAUAUUACAAGAAGAUUUGUGGAAAACUUCUCAAUGAACUCGGUGUACUCGAAUAUAUGGUUUAUGCAGACAAAAAGCUAGACGAAGAACAGCAACGAGCGCAGAAGUAUCUGGAAAUGGGCUCACCAACUGCAUCUCAACAUAUGGAGUCGGUUGUAAUUGCAUUGGUAGAAAACUUUGAAGACAUCAUUUUGGCAGAAUGUGCAAAACUGAUUGCUCAUAGAGAUGUUGACCGUCUUCAACGUCUGUACCGCCUGAUAAGACGUACAAGAAGUGGUAUUGAAACUGUUCUUAAGUGUAUAGAUCAGCACAUUCGUACUGAAGGACUCAAUGACAUGAGAAACAAUGCUGAAAGUCUUGCAACGGACCCAGAGAAAUACGUUCAACAACUUCUUAUCAUGUUCGACAAGUUCUCAGCAUUGGUUCGAGAAGGAUUCUGUGAUGAUGCACGUCUUCUGACUGCUCGUGACAAAGCAUUCCGUGCAGUUGUCAACGAUUCCUCAAUAUUCAAAACCGAAAUGAUGAACAAGAAAAGUCGCAUGUUGUCAGUAGAGUCGAAAUGCGCAGAGUUGCUUGCAAAUUAUUGUGAUCUUCUUUUGAGAAAAACGCAGUUGAGUAAGAAACUGACAUCAGAGGAGAUUGACGAGAAACUGGGUCAAGUGCUCCUCGUUUUGAAAUAUGUGGAGAAUAAAGACGUCUUCAUGAGAUUCCACCGCGCCCAUCUUUCACGUCGUUUGAUUCUCGAAAUGAGUGCUGACCAGGAAAAAGAAGAAAUGAUGGUCACCAAAUUGAGAGAAUGUGGAAUGCCAUCUGAUGCUGUGAACAAGCUAUCUAGAAUGCUUCAGGAUAUUGAACUGAAUAAGGACAUGAACACAUUAUUCAAGAAGGUUCUGACUGGCACUAACAACAACAAAUCGAUCGCAGACUCCAUCAAUCUCAAGGUGCUCAAUGGAGGAGCGUGGGGCCGUGGAGGCUCAGAGAGAAUAAGAUUCUCUCUACCAAGAGAACUUGAAGAUUUCGUUCCAGAGAUGGAAGCGUUCUACAAAAAGCAUCACAAUGGUAGAAAGCUUAACUGGAUGCAUCAUUGGAGUAGUGGAACUAUGGUUUUCGGCACUGCAAGCGGCGGUCGCUUCGAUCUGGAAAUUACUACAUUCCAAAUGGCUGUUCUUUUCUGUUUCAAUGAGAGAGCUCAUGAGAAAAUUUCACUGGAAACUCUCCGAUUGGCAACAGAAUUGCCUGAUGCUGAACUUAAUCGCACUCUUCUGUCUCUGGUCUCGUACCCAAAAAUGCGUUCUCAAAUUCUUCUCUGCGAUGUCGCAUCCCAAAACAUUACCGCUCGAGACUUCACUGAUUCCACCAAAUUCUCCAUAAAUCACAACUUCCACUUGGUCAAAAAUGGAAAAUCUCAGCAACGUGGAAAAGUGAACCUCAUCGGACGACUACAGUUAUCCUUAGAAGCGAACGCCGAGAAAGAGCACGAAAGCAUCGUUGCGUUGAGAGAAUAUCGUGUGCAAGAAGGAAUUGUGAAGAUUCUCAAGACAAGAAAGACCAUCACAUUGGCUCAAAUGACGAUGGAGUUAGUGGAGAUUCUGAAACCAUUGUUCAUUCCGAACCGCAGAAUUAUCAAAGAGCAAAUUGAUUGGCUCAUUGAAAACAGGUUCAUGGAACGCCGUCCUGAUGACAUCAACACUUUUGUCUACCUCGCCUAA